AUCGAAUUACGUAUAGUAAGGUUCCACACGAUUCACUGUUUCGCUAAAUUUGGUAAUUCGGUCCAAAUCUAAAAAUAAUAGUCUGAAAUUUAAAUUCAAUUAGAUUAUGUAUUACUUUACAUAUUCAUGCAAAUUUAAUCAUAGAUUAUAAUAACAUUGAUUUAAUUAUAGAUUUUAAUUAAAUGAAGACAUUAGAGUUAAUCUUUAUUUUUAUAUAAAUGAUGUGAAUAGGUUUUUUAACUUAUGUUUCUGAAUAUAGAAGAUUGAAGAAUGAAAAGGAAAGUUGUCAUCAUGUUUUUUUUUUAAUAUGUAUUAUUUGAAAUCUCCUCAGUACUUAAGUAUUUUAAAAUAUAAUUUUAAUUUAUUAUAUUUUUUAUUCCUUUUUGUUGUCCUUGCAAAACGAAUUUAUUUCAAAAACUAUAAUUAUAAAAUGAAAAUUGAAUAUUAAUUAUAAAAAACAAGAGUAUAGAAAAGACAAAAAAAUAUUUUUCAUAAGUUUUUUUUUUUUUUGUUUUUCUUUUUUGUGCAAGAACAAAAAUACGAAAAAAACACAUUUGCACACAAAAAAAAAAUUAAGAAAAUAUAUAAAAUAUAUAUAAAAACCAGUUUAAUCAUGUUAAAAAUUGUGAUAAAUUUCAUGUGAUCACUAUCAUUGAUUCAAAAUUGCAGUAAUACAGUAUUAAUUAUACAAUCCCUCAAUUCAAACUCGUAAGCUGAAUUGUAUAUGUAUACUCUAUUAUUAAAAUUUCGAAGUCGGUGUAUUUUUGUAUCACUUUUAAAAUGAAUUUUUUUGGUAUUUAUAUAUUUAUUUUUUUUUUAAAGUCGUAAAAAAUCGCUGCCUUUGAAAUUGCAGUAACAUGGUAAUAAAAAGAAGCUGAUGAGUUAUAAAAUUGCUGAAUUGCUUGAAAUUGUGUUCUUUAAAAGACAGACUUAACAGGACUUUUUGGCCUGUUUAGGAAAAAUUAACUUAAAAAAUCUUAAAAAUAUUUUUUAAACUUGUUUGAUAAAAAUUUUCAAAAAAAUGGGUACUAAAAAAUGGUAAUUAUACUAUAUGAUAUAGAUUUAAUCUGCUGCUUUGGAAAAGCAUGUUUCAAAAGCCCUCGUAUGACUUCAAAAUCCAAAGUAUAACAUAAUAAUGGUAUUAAUACACAAUUCAACUUAUAAAUUUUCAGAUUACUGAAUUGUUUAUUAACAUCGUACUACUUAAUAUUAUUUUGAAAUAGUCAAAUAUCAAAAAAAUAUUUAGAAUUAAAAUUUUUAGAUUAAUAAAAAAAAAAGUACCUUUAUAUUUAAAUUGAAAUUACAGUAAUACAUAUGUAUAUAUAUAUUUAGCAAUUCAGCAAUUAUAAUUUAUAAGCUGAAAAUAUAUUAAUUAAGCUCCGCAAUUAAUAUUAAAUUUUUGAAUACAGUCAAGAAAAAUGCCAAAAUAAAAUAUUUUUUUGUUAAAUUUAACAUGAAAUAUUGGUGUAUUAUAUAUAUAUUUAUAUUCAAUAUUUUUUAUGAAAUAUAUAAAACUGAUAAUAAUUUACGAUUGAAAAACAAAAGAGAAAAAAAAAACAAAAAUGUGUGUAUGUACAUAUAUGCAAUUUACAAAUUUAUGUUAAAAGUCUGUGAUUAUCGAAGAAAAGAAAACUAUAUGUUAAAAUUUUUUAAAAUUCAUAAGGCAAGAAUUAUUAUUAAAGUGUAAAAUGUUUAAAAUCAUAUAUUUAAAAAUAAUAAAAAUAAAAAAAAAUUAAUAAAAAAAUAAAAAUGAAAAAAAGAAGAAAAAUGAGAGUACUUUGUAAAUUUAAUAAUUUAAUUAAAAAAAUUAAUUAAUUUUAAAUGGAAAAUUAAAAAGUAAUAGAGUAAAAAUAUUGAACACCGCCCCGAAUAAAAAUUAAAAAAAAAAAUACUUUCAUAAAUAUUAGAAGGAUUUUUUUUAUUCUUUAACUUCAAAAACUUCAGUAAUACUGGGGCCUUACUAAGUAAUUCGAUUUUAUUUUUAUAUUUGCAGAAAUGGUAACAAGCAAUCAACUUGUACGGUAUUAUCUUUCCAUUUCUGCAAAUACGAACAUCGAAUUACAUAGUAAGACCCCUGGAUUGCUACACAAUUUCAGCUUAUAAGUUUAUUAUUGCUGAAUGGAGCCUGUCAUCAUUGUUUUUAUCAAUAAUUUUUAGCAUAUCAUUAAAAAAAAUAACCGUCAAAAGUAGUAAUUGUCCAUAUUGAUUGUAAAUUUUGUAUUGAAAAAAAAAAUUGGGUGUCAUCAUUAUGAAAAAAAUUAACGUAAUAUACACUGUUUGCCAUUUACAAAUUGAUUUCCUUUUCAAUUCACUUUUUUGUGACAGUGAUGACAAGGCCAACCAAUAUUACUGUAAUUUUUGAAGACUUACACGAAUUUUAUGAUGGCAAAAAAGAAGUGAAAUAUUGUCGAACGUUACAGAAAUAUUUAAAAAAAAACAUAAUUAAGAAAAUAAAGGACAAUAUGUAUCUAAAAAACAAAAACCAAAAAAAAAUUUAGCUUAUAAACUGUCUACCAAUUUUUUAAUAUAUUUUACCACGGUACUUGUGCUUACUACAAACCUCAAAAUUAUUUUAAAAUUUCUAUCUCAAAUUAAAUGAAUGUAAUAAAUGAAAUAUAAAAACAAUAAAAGGGCUUUUUCGGUAUUGCAUGAUGCGCUGCAAGUUUUUAAUCAGAACUAAAAAAGCUUUUUUGCAAUAUUUGGUGUACUACAAACUUUUGUGUGAUACACAAGUAUGUCAGAAUGACUUUAGUCAGCUGUUCGUUUAAUUAAUCAAUUCUAAAUAAAGAAUUAAAAAGAAAAGAAUCGCGAAUUUAUUUCAAAUUGGUUGAAAAUGAAAUUAUUUCAGGGCAUAAACGAAAAAAGAAAGAUAAAUUUAAAUUUAACUUAAAAUUUUAAACAAUUUACUUUAGUAAAUUUUCAAUAUCCGAUUUUUUAAAAUUUUACUUGCAGCAUGAAUGACAGAACAUGUUGCAAAACAAUACUUCGAUAAAAAUACAAAUACAGUUCUUCAAUAAAAGCCAUACUGCAUGUCAAAUCUAACUAAGAACUGAAAUACCGAAAAAGCCCUUUACUUGGCUUUCGAUUCAAAAUUCAUUGGAAUCGUUUUACUGAAUUGUAUAUAACGAUUGUUAAAUCAGCUCCAGUAAUAAUAAAGAAAAACUGAUAAUAUUUAUGAAUUAUGAUUGGAUAUUUUAAGAGAAAAAAAUAAAGAGUAAAAUUUUGUUAUAGCAUUUUUUAAAAGUAGCACAUAUUUGGGUAAAAAUAGUCUUUAUUUUAAAGUGAAUUUUUCUUAUAUAUUGGUACCAUAGUUAAGGACACAGAACUGAACAGAAAUGUGUACAUAUAUAUAUAUAAAAUAAUAAUAAGAAGAAAAAGAAGAUCAAUUGUAAACAUUUCAAUUCUAAUUUUAAUUUCUUAAAGUUGUAUGUGUCAUUCAACUUGUAUAAAAUUUUCUCUCAUAGUGUGGUUUGUAUUUUUUGAAAAAAACCUCCAGCAAGGAUAAUUUUUAUUCAUAUUUAUAUUUUAAGCAUUUUAUUUUCAGAAUUUCAACAGAUUGUUUCAAGUAACGCACGGCGGCUCUUAACAUAAAAAGUAUAAAAUAAAUAAAUUAAUAAUUUUUUACAUUAUUAUUUGAAAAUUUCAAUUAACUUAAAUAAAAAAAUAUUAAUUAAUCCAAUCAGGGGGAAAGCGUAAAAUAUACAUAGAAAAUGAAUAAUUCUUCAACAAUAGAAGUGAAAACUCUUCUUUAUGAUAUAAGAAAAUAUUUAAAAAAAAAUUUAUUGGAAUGUCAUUAUCAAAAUACAUUAAAAAAUAAUGAAGAAUUUAUAAAGGAAGAAGAAAAUAUAAAAAAUUUAUUGAUAAGAUGUGAAAAAAUUCUAACAAAAUCAAUAAUAGAUGAAAAUGAAAAUAAAAUAAUUAAUCCAAAUAAAAGAUUUUCUUGUAAAAAACAACUACAACAACAACAAAAUCAACAAGAACAAGAGUAUCAUUAUGAUAAAAGUAAUCAAAUUCCAUGCAAUUCGGAAUUUAAUACUUUAGAUGAUGAAACAGAUAUAUCAUCGUUAAACGAAUAUGGUGAUGUUAAUAUUGACCGUUAUUUAUCUUGCGUUUAUCAUAGUUUUAAUGAAAAUAAUAAUUAUGAUAAAACAUGUUUUAAUACAAAAAAUUUAGAAAUAAUAACAAAAACAAACGAAAAUAUAGUCCAAAAUAUUCCUGAAAUAUUAUCUAAAUCAAAAACACAUUUUAGUUGUAAAAGGGCACUAUUUAAAAAUGAUAUUAAUAAUGAAGAUGAAAACAAAAUUAAAAAUAAUGUUAAUAAUGAUUUUAAAUUUAAAAUGAAAUUAUCUCAAUCAAUUAUGAAUUUAUCAAAUGGUAAAAAUAAUGAAAUUUUGUCAAAGAAAAAUGAAAAUAAAAUAAAUAAAAUUAAUUGUUUAUAUCAAAAUUUAAAAUUAAAACAUAUUAAGGAUUUAAUGAAUAAAAUAUUAAAAAUGGGUUUUUUAUUAAAAAUUGAAAAAAAGAAAUUUCUAUUUGAUAACUCUAAAGAAUUAUAUUGUAUUGUAAUUGAAAAUUGGUUAUUAUGUUAUGAUAUUUUUAAUAAUAAUAAUGACGAUAACAUUAUUGAUAAUAGCAAUGAAAACAAUAUUUUUGAUAACAUGAAUUUAAGUACAUUAAAUGAAUCAGAAUUAUUAUCAUUAUUAUCAACGUCAACAUCAAUAUCAUCAAAAUUUUCAUCUAGUUCAUCUUUAUUAUCUUUAUUAAAUUUAAUGCCAGUAAUAUGCAUUAAUUUAAAUAAAGAAUCUAUUGAACAUUAUGGUGAUGGCAAAAAACGUGAUAUAACAUUUCAAAUUUUUAGUUCAAACAAUCAGAGUAAUAGUACUUGCAAUAAUAGUUCUGAUGAUAAUAGCAAUAGCGAAAAUAAUAUUGAUGAUAUAAACAAUGAUGAUGUUAAUAAUAAUGAUAAUGAUUAUAAGACUGACGACACGUCAUCAUCAUCAUUUAUAACAUUAUCUACUUCACCUUCGUUAUUAUCAAACUCACCAAAAAUACAAUCGAAAUUUUUAUCAACAACACCAUUGUCAACAUCAUCUCUUCAAAUACCUUCGUCACCAAUAAUUAAUUGUAAUGAUAAACAAAAUUCAAAAUGUGAAGACAUUUAUGAAGAACCAAUGCAUAUUACAUUAAUUAAUAAGCGAAUGGACAUUUCCCAAUUAGAAAUAUAA